AUGUGUAGUGCAUCAACCAAAAUAAUCAUCAUCCACUUGAUUCACUUUGAUUCAAGUCUAAAGAGGUUAAUGUUUGGACAAAUCGUAAUAGGGCCGCCAGGAUCUGGUAAAUCAACUUAUUGCUAUGGUAUGUAUCAGUUUCUUUCUGCGAUUGGUCGUAAAUGCUGUAUCAUCAAUCUUGAUCCAGCAAACGAGAGGCAACCAUACCCUAACUGCGCUUUCGACAUCCGGGACUACAUAACCAUUGAAGAAGUUAUGCAAGAGCAUAACCUAGGCCCAAAUGGUGGACUCAUGUAUGCUUUAGAAAGUAUAGAUGAAAAUGGCAUUGAUGUUCUAUUAAAGGACAUACAAAAGCUCGGUAACCAGCAUAACUAUUUGAUUUUUGAUUGUCCUGGUCAAGUGGAACUAUUCACACAUCAUAAUUCCCUUUUCAGAAUUUUUAAGAAGUUGGCUAAAGAAAUUGAUGCUCGCUUAUGCGUUGUAUCUCUUGUGGACUCCAUCUAUCUAACCAGCCCGUCCCAAUAUAUCUCUGUUCUCCUACUCAGUUUACGGUCGAUGCUUCAGCUUGACCUUCCACAUGUAAAUGUGAUUUCAAAAAUUGAUAUGCUAAAAUCAUAUGGGCCACUUCCAAUGAGGUUGGAAUUCUAUACAGAAGUUCAAGAUCUCAAAUUCUUAACUCCAAUGUUGGAAAAGGAAUCACCAUCGCUCUUGGGACGAAAUUUUGUUAGGCUUACAGAAAUGAUCGGUGAUAUUAUUGAGCAAUACGGACUCGUAUCGUUUGAAGUGUUGUCCGUGGAAAAUAAAAGAUCUAUGAUUCACUUACUACAAAUUAUUGACAAAGCAAAUGGAUAUAGCUUCGGAAGCUCGGAGGUGGGGGGAGAUUCCAUAUGGAAUGAAGCUACAAGGAAUGGUUGGGGUAUGGAUGAUGAUGAUGUUAGUAUUCACGAAAGGUGGAUUGAAAAUAAAGAAUGGUAUGAUGAAAAGGAGCAAAAAGAAGAUCAGGAUAUGAUUGACAGUUUUAGGCAACUGAGGGAAGUCGAGGAUGACCAAGGUAUAGAAACGGGAUGGUAG